CCUGUGCCCACUGGCCAUCGCUUAUCACCGACAGAGGAUCCAGCUCAAGCGCACUAGGCCAGACCGGAAAAGGCGUUCCCCCAGGCGUUGAUGACUGAUGCAGGAUCAAGCAAAUGGAAAUGGAUCUUUUCAGAAAGGGGGCGGGCUCCUUGAGCAGUUAAAUCUGCGCGGGCAUUGGCACUCGUGCAGUCAUGGCGGCCUUCCGCGACAUGGAGGAGUUAUGCCAGGGGCUGCUGAGCCUGCUGGGUGCGAACCACGCCGAGGCGCAGCAGCGGCGGCUACUGGGCCGCCACGGGCAGAUGAUGGAGCGGCUGCUGGAGACACAAGACGGAGCCGAGCAGCAGCUGCGAGAGAUCCUCGAAGCGGAGAAGGACGUGGCCCAGAGCCUUCUUGAUGCGAAGGAGCAGGCACACCAGGGGAGCGCUGAGUUGCAGCAGAUUGAAGCCGAGCUGCAGAAGGCCAGCGAGGAGGACGCUCAACUGAAGGCCAGCCUCCUUCAGCUCAGCAGGGAGCUAGAGGAUCUCAAGGAGAUUGAGGCCAAUCUUGGAAAACAGGAGAGGGAAGUUGACGAAGACACAACAGUCACUAUCCCUGCAGCCACGUACGUGGCUCAGCUUUAUCACCGAAUCAGUAAAAUUGAGUGGGAUUAUGAGUGUGAACCGGGAAUGAUCAAAGGCAUCCAUCACGGCCCCAGGGUUGCCCAGCCCGUCCACCUGGACAGCACCCAGCUCUCCAAGAAAUUCAUCAGCGACUAUCUUUGGAGUUUGGUGGACACGGAGUGGUAGCCAAGAGCCUCGUGGAUCGUGUCUCACACACAGUGGGAAUCAUUCGGGGUGGGUGGUUGGUGCCUUGGUGGUA